AGACCGUCUUCUGAGAGCUACGCGGGUGAAUAAAAUGAUAAGCCUGACGAAUAGUGAAAAUCAUUUAUGUGAGAUUUUAUCUGGAUGUACAGCUAAACUACGCCGUGAAGACGCCAGUUUGGCAGCACUCGAGUUGAGAAUAGCGGGUGGAUGGGUGCGCGAUAAGUUACUUGGGAAGCCUUCAGAUGAUAUAGAUGUGGCUAUAACACCCCUAACUGGUUUACCAUUCGCUGAAGCACUCGCGGAAUACCUCCAAUCAAUUGAGCCACAGCAGAAGAUAUCGAUAGCAAGAAUAGAUGCUAACCCUAAUCAAAGCAAGCAUUUAGAAACUGCUCGCAUGAAAGUAUCCGGAUACGAAGUCGAUUUUGUUAACUUGCGUUCUGAGACGUAUGCAACUGGCUCACGUAUACCACAAAUGAGCUUGGGGACACCACUCGAGGAUGCACUCAGGCGAGACAUAACCAUAAAUUCGCUUUUUUACAAUAUACAUACACGACAGGUUGAAGAUUUCACAGGAAAGGGUUUGGAGGACCUCAAGAAUGGCCUGGUUAGGACACCCUUGGAGCCAUUCCAGACAUUUAGCGACGAUCCACUUAGAGUACUUCGUUGCAUUAGGUUUGCGACGAGGUACGGUUUCACACUAGACAACACAAUCAUAGAGGCUGCUCAGAGAGAUGCAAUUCGGAGGGGCGUCUGCGAGAAUGUCUCGAAGGAGCGUAUUGGUACGGAGAUUGACAAGAUGCUUAACUCACAACAGCCUCUCGAGGCACUCACGAACCUCUCGAAAACAAAGCUGCAUGAUAUUGUCUUCGGUGUCUCUGGAGAUGGCGUAGAGGGUGAUGCACUCGAGGCCAGUUAUGCGCUCGCUGCAGGACACCUCCUCCAGUACGCACUUUAUGAGCCUGCCAAAUUGGGUAUCACUGAGAGGCUGUCACAGUUCGUCACACAAGACAAGCUGCUUAUUAGGAGACUAUGGUUGGGUGUCGCUCUUAUACCCUACUUUAACAUGCAAGUGAAGGAGAAGAAGAAGAUCGUCACCGCACCUGCAUUUAUUGCUAGCAACUGUUUGAAAUAUGGCAAUGCUGAGCGGGCACACAUCGACAAUCUCGUCCUCGGUUGCAACUUCAUUCGUGAAAAUAUCAGGGGUAUUGAUCUGAAUGACAGGGUUGCGCUUGCGUCGGCUCUGAGACAUGUGAAUGUACAUAGGUCUGCACAAGGGACAGACUGGGCCGCGACAGUACUCUUCACACUCCUUCAGGAGCUCCUCGAGGUGUACUACAGGAGUGGAUGUAACGAUGACGCAUUCAGAUCAGAUGACAUCACCUCUGUUGUUGGUCUUUACAACACAUUCGUCGAGUCUGCAGUGACGACUCUUGAUAUCCCAAGAGAACUAGAGUCGAGGCCAAUACUGGAUGGGAAGCGUAUCAUUUCAGUGCUGCACCUGAAACCUGGUCCACAGAUACAGGAAAUCAACGAGAAGGUGAUCCUCUGGCAGUUGAGGCAUCCGACCGGAGGAGAAGCUGAAUGUGAGGCCUUCCUCCUGAGCGAACAAGCCGAGGGAAGGAUCCCAGGGCCGCAAGCGGUGGAUGACGCACCGAAGAAACGCAAAAAGUAAAGAGUCUAAAAUAUCAUCAUUCCUUGCAUAUGUGUGUAUUUUACAAAUAUUGAGAUUUUUG